AUUCUCGGACACGGCACCAAGCGGAAGGGGCACGCGCGUGGAGGCGAUAAAGCGAAUGCAAACCGAGUACGCAUGUGCGGUGCAGGUUGUAGUUUGUCGUGUUGCACUCUGAUGUUUUUUUUCUCUGUUUGGUUCGAGUUAAAGAAAAAUAAAUUAAUCACGGGAAAACGUAACUUUUCUGAAUCUUUUCAUAGUUAAAGUCAGCAGAAUAAAAAAAUGUGAUGGAGCGAUUCGAGUCUUUGGGUCCAGUCGGGGAGGGCAGUUACGGCACGGUGCUCAAGUGUCGCCACAGGGAAUCUGGCCGCCUCGUUGCCAUCAAGAAGUUCAUAGACUCCGACGAUGACAAGACGGUGAGGAAGAUUGCCCUCAGGGAGAUCAAGCUGCUCAGGCAACUCCGUCAUGAAAACCUGGUGAACCUCCUAGAAGUAUGGAAACGCCGCCGCCGCUGGUAUCUGGUGUUUGAGUUUGUGGACCGGACCCUUCUGAAUGAUCUGGAACAAAAUCCAGGCGGGCUGAAUCUGGACACCGCCCGCCAGUACCUGUAUCAGAUACUGAGAGCAACUGACUUCUGCCACCAGCAAAACGUCAUCCACCGGGACAUCAAACCAGAAAACAUUCUCAUUUCUCACAUGGGCGUGGUCAAACUAUGUGACUUUGGCUUUGCCCGCACCAUGACUUCCCCUCCUGAGAGUGCUGUCUACACCGACUAUGUCGCUACCCGUUGGUACAGAGCUCCUGAAUUGUUGGUGGGAGACUUCAAGUAUGGCAAACCGGUAGAUGUUUGGGCUGUCGGCUGUCUGAUAAUAGAGAUGCUUACAAGUCAGCCUCUGUUUCCGGGAGAGUCCGACCUCGACCAAAUACACCACAUUGUCCGAUGCUUUGGUAACCUGAUGACUCAACACCAGGAGCUCUUCUAUAGAAAUCCUGUCUUUUCUGGAGUCAAACUACCAGAGUGUUCAGGAAGUGUCUCACUGCAGCAGCGAUUCCCCACAAUCCCAGCAGCAGGAAUCAAUCUAGCCCAGAAAUGUCUUGAAAUGGAUCCAGAGAGAAGAGCGCAGUGCUCUGAGCUUUUACAGAAUCCUCUUUUCACAGAAGACUCUUUCCACAUCAGGUUUUUGGAAGAGCUAAACGUUAACAUCCAAAAAGAGCAAAGAGAGACCUCCACCCUUCCAAAGAUCACUAAAACUCCAAGAAGUGAAAGAGAUGAGAAACGCAACACUGGCAAGGACAAGAAACAGACUAAAGACAUGGAGGAGAAAAUAAGUAAGGAAAAGAUGGAGAAGACCAAAGGAAAGCCACUUUUGAAGAUUUUUAAAACUUCACGAAAUACCUCAGAAUCUCAGAUGUCCAAACAGUCCAAAACAGGCAGCAAGGGAAUCCAUCCUUCUGUCACGAAGAGCAAACAUGGAAAAGCUCACGGAGGAGAGUUCAGCAAGCCUUCAGAUAGUUCCAAGUUGGUCAAAAUACAGAUUUUUGAGUCUGGAGAUGCAACCAAGACCUCAUCAAGCCUGAAGAAUAAAAAUCCAGACGUACCAACAGCAAAACUUGUUGUACACCCAAGACAAGAGCAUCUGCAACAUGCAAAAGACAACUGUGGGUCAGCCCCCGAUAAACACCUGGUAACCAUCAGGACGUUUACCAAAUCUGAGUCAAGUCAAGAGUUCGCAAAGAGCUGGAGCAACAUGAGCUUUAAAGUACCACAAUUGUUUACACCUUCAUCUCCAAGAACCCCAAUAGCUUCUACCGUUAAUGAGGCAAACACAAGAAUUUCACUCAAACCCUUACAGCUGUCAAACUGUGACUCUGCCCUGUCAGAGCCUUCAGGCACCAAGCCAAGCAAAGCCUGGUACCAGUCGAACCAGCACCUCUCAGACAAACUGACUGUCCACUUAGAUCAAAGCAAGUCUGAAUGUCCAAAGGUCCUACAGCCAAACCUCAAGGUAUCAAAGACUACAUCCAACAGUACUUUAAAGAGCUCUCAGUCUUCAAAGAAUGCAAGUUUCGAGUUUUCAGAGCCGUUAUCCUCAAAUGUUUUGGUUCCAGACGGAAUUCACCACUCUACUGUCCCAUCCAAAAGAAUCUCAGCCCCAGCCACAUGCAAAACAGGCGUCUCUUCAAAGACCCUGUCUUCAGUCAGGGAACAUAAAGAGGACAGUCAUGGUGCGGACAGGAAUCAAUCUUCACACUUGAGUCUGAUGUGGUCUUCCUCUGGUCCUACAUUUUCAGAAGCCACCACAAAAGAUGGUAGGACUACAAAUUCAGAGCCAAAUGCAAACCUUUCAACUGCAAUCAUGGCACCAAUAGUCUCAGAUAGACCAGACAAUAGAGAUCUCCCUGUGUCCACACAGUCAGACGCUAAGCUUUCAAACAACCAAACCUAUGAAACCUCCGGAAAUGCAGAAAAUGGCAACAAGAAAAACUACAGUGAGUUCGGAUCCGACAUAAAAUCCUACAGCGUUCCUCAUCCUAAACCAAACCAAACAAUACCAACUUGUAACCACAUGAAGUCCACUGUGACCCCCAGCUUUCAGAAAAUCACGCUGAGAAGCAGCAACGGAGAAAAAGUGGAGACAACAUCAGCAUCCACAGCUGGAGACGUGGCCUCCAUCCUUCCUGUAGAGCCCAAAACUUUAACAAGAGGCUUCGUCCUUCACGACCCUACAGAUUCUACAGACUUUCAUUUCAUUGAAACUCCUCCACCGACACUCUCGCCCACUCCUCUGCUGCUACCUCCAUCCCCCACAUGCCCCGCCUCUGUCCUUGGAACCAGCAACACCACGGACAGUGAUCGCCUCCACCCUGGAAUCUGUAAUCUGAGGUCUGCAGACAUUCCACGGCAUCACAGCAGCGUUCAACAAGCUGAGCAAUAUUUGUUGAGCUACACCACAGCAUCCUUCAUCCAUCAGGCGCCAGAAGACUUCCCAUCCAACCACUGUAACCUUGGUAACUGCAGCGCCACUCUGGCCAGGAACCAAUCACAAGUGAAUUUUCCAGAACUUAGAAGCUCAACGCUGCCGGAACUUCGAGGAAGAGACGGAAAACACCAUCAAAGCCUGGCUAAGGAACCGUGGAAGAACUAAGCACAGUUGCAUCAUCAGAACCCUGCAGGAUUCCUGACAGAACAGGAAGUGCUGUUUUCUUUCUGACGUGCUAACAGUUGUCAUCUUAACACAGUCGGGAUGUUUCUUCCUUCUUCCUUACUGGACGUCUGGGAGACACAAGCUGUUUCAAUUCUUUUAUUCAUAUAAAAAUAAUUAUUUUGAAUUAAAACAUUAAUUUAAAUGUCUUAAAUAAGCUAUUUCACAUUUCUUUUGUCGACGACUCAAAAAUAAAAGA